CUUCCGUUCCCCGGGCGCGUGCGCCCUCUUAUUCGGCUCUCCUAGGUUUCCUGGGGUCCUGCCGCUUUGAGCUGGGGCGGGAGCGGAGGACCCCGCGCUCAGGGGUUGCCAGACCAUGCGUUGGGGGCUGCGCCCUCGCGGGCCGGAGGCGGCCGCCCUGGCCACUGCCCGAAGUUUGUGGGGUACGCCCCGCCUUCCCUGCAGCCCUGGAUGGCAAGGGGCGACGAAGAGACUUCUGGUGCGGUCGGUCUCCGGGGCCAGUAACCACCAGCCGAACUCGAAUACUGGCAGAUACCGGGACACGGUGCUGCUGCCGCAGACCAGCUUCCCCAUGAAGCUGCUGGGCCGCCAGCAGCCGGACAAGGAGCUGGAGAUCCAGCAGAAAUGUGGAUUUUCAGAACUUUAUUCAUGGCAAAGAGAAAGAAAAGUAAAGACAGAAUUUUGCCUUCAUGAUGGACCUCCUUAUGCAAAUGGUGACCCUCAUGUUGGACAUGCUUUAAAUAAGAUUUUGAAAGACAUAGCCAAUCGAUUCCAUAUGAUGAGUGGCUCCAAAGUACAUUUUGUGCCCGGCUGGGAUUGUCAUGGGUUGCCCAUUGAAAUAAAAGUAUUAUCAGAACUUGGUAGAGAAGCUCAGAAUCUUUCAGCUAUGGAAAUUAGAGAGAAAGCUAGAUCAUUUGCUAAAGCAGCCAUUGAGAAACAGAAAUCAGCAUUUAUUCGUUGGGGAAUAAUGGCAGAUUGGAAUAAUUGCUACUAUACAUUUGAUGGAAAGUAUGAAGCCAAACAGUUGAGAACUUUUUACCAAAUGUAUGAUAAGGGCUUGGUUUAUCGAUCUUACAAACCUGUGUUUUGGUCUCCCUCAUCUAGGACUGCAUUGGCUGAAGCAGAACUUGAGUAUAAUCCUGAGCAUGUCAGUCGUUCAAUAUAUGUAAAAUUUCCUCUCUUGAAACCUUCUCCUAAAUUGGCAUCUCUUAUAGAUGGUUCAUCUCCUGUUAGUUUUUUGGUCUGGACCACACAACCUUGGACAAUUCCAGCCAAUGAAGCUGUUUGCUAUAUGCCUGAAUCAAAGUAUGCUGUUGUGAAAUGUUCUAAGUCUGGAGACCUCUAUGUACUGGCUGCAGAUAAAGUAGAAACUGUUGCUUCUACUUUGGAAACAGCAUUUGAGACUAUUUCAACAUUUUCAGGUGUAGAUUUGGAAAAUGGUACUUGUAGUCAUCCGUUAAUUCCUGAUAAAGCCUCUCCUCUUUUACCUGCAAAUCAUGUGACCAUGGCAAAAGGAACAGGAUUGGUUCACACAGCUCCAGCUCAUGGUAUGGAAGAUUACGGUGUAGCGUCUCAGCACAACCUGCCCAUGGAUUGUUUAGUGGAUGAAGAUGGAGUUUUCACAGAUGUUGCAGGUCCUGAACUUCAAAACAAGGCUGUCCUUGAAGAGGGAACUGAUGUGGUUAUAAAGAUGCUUCAGACUGCAAAGAAUUUGUUGAAAGAAGAAAAAUUAGUGCACAGCUAUCCCUAUGACUGGAGGACCAAGAAACCCGUAGUUAUUCGUGCCAGCAAGCAGUGGUUUAUAAACAUUGCAGAUAUUAAGAUUGCAGCCAAGGAAUUGUUAAAAAAGGUGAAAUUUAUUCCUGGAUCAGCACUGAAUGGCAUGGUUGAAAUGAUGGACAGGCGGCCAUAUUGGUGUAUAUCAAGGCAAAGAGUCUGGGGUGUUCCAAUUCCUGUGUUUCAUCAUAAGACAAAGGAUGAAUACUUGAUCAACAGCCAAACCAUUGAGCAUAUUGUUAAACUAGUGGAACAGCACGGCAGUGAUAUCUGGUGGACUCUUCCCCCUGAGCAACUUCUUCCAAAAGAAGUCUUAUCUGAGGUUGGUGGCCCUGAUGCCUUGGAAUAUGUUCCAGGUCAGGAUAUUUUGGACAUCUGGUUUGAUAGUGGAACUUCAUGGUCUCAUGUUCUUCCAGGUCCUGACCAAAGAGCAGAUUUGUACUUGGAAGGAAAAGACCAGCUCGGGGGUUGGUUUCAGUCAUCCUUAUUAACAAGUGUGGCCACAAGGAAGAAAGCACCUUAUAAGACAGUGAUUGUUCAUGGAUUUACCCUUGGAGAAAAGGGAGAAAAGAUGUCCAAGUCUCUUGGGAAUGUCAUUCAUCCUGAUGUUGUCGUUAAUGGAGGACAAGAUCAAAGCAAAGAGCCUCCCUAUGGCGCUGAUGUCCUUCGCUGGUGGGUAGCUGAUUCCAAUGUCUUCACCGAAGUUGCAAUCGGCCCAUCCGUGCUCAAUGCUGCCAGAGAUGAUAUUAACAAGCUUAGGAAUACACUCCGCUUUCUUUUGGGAAAUGUGGCUGAUUUCAACCCAGAAACAGAUUCCAUCCCUGUUAACGAUAUGUAUGUCAUAGACCAGUAUAUGCUACAUUUACUGCAGGAUUUGGCAAACAAGAUUACCGAAUUAUACAAACAACAUGAUUUUGGAAAAGUUGUUCGGCUGUUACGGACAUUUUAUACCAGAGAGCUGUCUCACUUUUAUUUCAGUAUAAUCAAAGAUAGGCUCUAUUGUGAAAAGGAAAAUGACCCCAGACGACGCUCUUGUCAGACUGCAUUAGUUGAAAUUUUGGAUGUAAUAGUUCGUUCUUUUGCUCCCAUUCUUCCUCACCUGGCUGAAGAGGUGUUCCAGCACAUACCUUAUAUUAAAGAGCCCAAGAGCGUUUUCCGUACUGGGUGGAUUAGUACCAGUUCUAUCUGGAAGAAGCCCGGGUUGGAAGAAGCUGUGGAGAGUGCGUGUGCAAUGCGAGAUUCAUUUCUCGGAAGCAUCCCUGGCAAAAAUGCAGCUGAGUACAAGGUUAUCAUAGUGAUAGAACCUGGACUGCUUUUCGAGAUAAUAGAGAUGCUGCAAUCUGAAGAGACUUCCAGCACCUCUCAGUUGAAUGAAUUAAUGAUGGCUUCUGAGUCAACUUUACUGGCUCAGGAACCACGAGAGAUGACUGCAGAUGUAAUUGAGCUUAAAGGGAAAUUCCUUAUCAACUUAGAAGGUGGUGAUAUUCGUGAAGAGUCUUCCUAUAAAGUAAUUGUCAUGCCGACUACGAAAGAAAAAUGCCCUCGUUGUUGGAAGUAUACAGCGGAGUCUUCAGAUACACUCUGUCCUCGAUGUGCAGAAGUUGUUGGUGGAAAAUAGUAUUAACAGCUCACUUGAGCAAGAACCCUCCUGACAGUACUGGCUAGAAGUUUAGAUGGAUUAUUUACAAUAUUGGAAAGAAAGCCAAGAUUUAGGUAAUGAGUGGAUGAGUAAAUGGUGGAGGAUGGUCAAAAUCAGAAUUAUAAAAGAAGUAUUUCCUGUAACUAUAGAAAGAAUUAUGUAUAUAUGUAUGCAGAAAUAUAUAUAUGUGUGUGUAUCUGUGGAUGGAUAUAUAUAUAUCUUCCUAUAUAUAUCCAUAAUGGACUUAUUCAGAAAUAGAUAUGUAUUCAGCUUGUCUUCAAAUAUGGCCGAGCAGAAAAUGUUUUAUAUUUUAUAAAUCUUUUGACUCAGUAUUUAAAUUCUAUCACACUGAAAAUAAAGGCAUUCUGGAAAAGUACUGACUGAUGUUGGUGCAGAAGUUGUCAAUAGCAAGUAAAAGAAGUAGAGUUUUGAAAGGGAAUGGCGAAGGCAUGUUUCCCUUAAGAGGUGAAGGGUCAUAUCAUUCUUCCUGUUAGUGAACAUCAACCUUUUCAGAAUAGCUAGUUUUUGGGGUUGGAUUAGAAAGAAAAUAAUCACCACAUAUGUUACUCAAGAGAGGAAGAAAUCUCUUAAUACUUAUGAAUGUUUAGGAAACAACAUGAAAGCUGAAAAUUUAUUUCACUAAUAUACAUAAGUUCACAACAAUGGACAGAAAAUAGCAAUAUAUACAGAAUUUCACUACUUACAGUACAUUACAAUAGAGAAAGCAUUUUAUAAACAAUUCAGUAUUGGAUUAAAGUCUUUUAAAGAUGCCUAAUUCUAUUCAGCAGGAAUCUAACUUGGUAGACACCCAGCAAACCCAUUCCUAUCAGGGUGAGAGGGCUUUCGCUGUUGCUAUAGUGUACUGUAAAAAUAUUUGUCCCUUAUAAAUGAAAUGGACCACAGCAACUUCUGAAUGAACAUUAUAUUCAGUGUAAGUCUUAUAGUAUUAAAUUUCAGAUUUUUGACUUUAGAUCGCAAUUGUUUUUAAAAAGCAAUUUAAAUGUAACAGUGUUUAUUUUGACCCACAGACGAAUUUUUAUAAUAAAGUUAAAACUUUUUUUCUGUUUGCAAAAGUAUGAUGCAUUUAGAAGCAUGGUGCUAUAUAUCUCUUUAUCUACAUUUACCCUGGCCCCUCUAGUUCGACAUCUAAACAGAACCUGUAAUGUAGAAGUUAUGAUUAUUUGAACACUUUGUUUUCCUUCAGCUUUAUAUAAAUAAGAUAAAAAUGCAUAUUUAACAUUAAUGGAGAAAGUUGUGUGAAGGUGGGCAUAUAUCUAGGGAAACACUACUGGUUAUUGGCGUCUCAUCAAUAACUACAAUAAGUGCCACACACCUUUGUUUCAGAAACCACCUGUUCUACAUUAAAAUCUAAUUCCUUUAUCAUCUAUGGCUCUUUGUUGUUAUAGAAUGUCUACAUAGGUAUUUAUUUGCCUUUCUUCCUAUCAGAUUUAUUUAUUUUAAAAGCCCUUGAUAAGUAAUAAAAUAUUUAACUGCUUUUGUUAACCAUACAAGUCAGAAUUCAAUUUUAAAAUUCUAUGAAAAAUUUUAGGAUAACAAAUCUAACUAGAGACUUAAUGGUUUGUAUCAGGAUUCUGUGAGCCAUACUUCAGCUUAUUAUUGUUCUCAGCAAUCCCCACAUUUGAUUGUCUGUUCUACUAGAGUAAGCUUAACCAGUUUUAUUAUCUAAAAUGCUUAAUAAGUGCCCCCUCCCCUCCAAGUGAUGAUGGAAUUGAGGAUUUAGUCUUUAAAAAUACCUAUAACUCCAAAUUUCUUUGACUAGCCUCCUUAAGUUCAUACUACUUUCAGCGUACUUGGAAAAAUCACAGGAAGAACUAAUCUCUUAGAACACAUAUAACAAGGGACUGUUAAUACAGAGCCGGAUAUGUUUACAAGAAUUCUAGGAUGUGUCUGGCUGGGGCAGUGGAUACCCAAGCAGAGGCUGGGAGGUUGGACUAGCCCUUUCCAAUGCUGCUACUCUAUAAAAUGUAUGUCUCAGUCAGACUCACAGGCCCCCAUCCCAAAUACUCAAGACAUCUUAACCAUUUAUCUUGUAAGAUUUUAAGUUUGAUAGUUACUUAACAGUAAUUACUAAAUUUUAGCCAGUUAAAUUCUUGUUUGGAUGUGCUCUUUUAGCUCAAAAAACAAGAUUUGUUUUUCUUUAUAUCCCUGAAGGACAUACUCCUCAACUUUGCAUGAUUACUAUAGUUGGCUUCUUAAGGGGAAGUGAAGAAACAAACUUCUGUAUCACAGUGACUUACUAUGAAUAAUAAUUGUGAUCCAUGACACAUACCCAUAAUUACACUGUAGGGCUACAUUCUAAAAAUAUACCAUAAUAAAUACUUGGUAUUUGUAGAGCUCAAAGCACUCUUUUACAGAGUUUUGGUUAGUUUGGUUUUUUCUUUUUCUUUUUUUUUUUUUUUCGAGACAGGGUCUGGCUAUAUUGCCCAGGAUGGCCUCAAACUCCUGGGCUCAAGCGAUCGUCCUGCAGCCUCCCGAGUAGCUAUAGUUUGGUUCUAGUCAGUAAAUAUUUAGCACUUGGACUGCUCUAGGCACUAUAGGGUACAAAAUUAGUUGUAUUUUAUCCUCUCAUCCCAGCUGUGAGGUAGGUUUGCUAAAGCUGUAAUAUCACUAAGCAGUUUUUUCAAUACUGUUCCCAAGAUAACAAUUAGCAAAUCCCAGAAGCAUUUCUAAACACUUGUAGGAAAAAUAAAGUUGGACUUAAAAUUUUUAGUAUCUUUGCCUUUUUUUUUUUUUUUUUACAUAAGUUUUACAAGAUAAUACAUUUUUACAGUGACCUGAUGUGGAUACAACUUUGCAACUUGCAAAAAGCAAAUCUUAACUUACAUUAUAAUGUAAUUUGCUGCAUUGUACACACCUCUUAUUCUCAAUUUUGGCAAGUACAACAGGUUAAGGGUUCUAUUUAGUGUCCCCUUCUGAUGAAUAUGAUGAUCUUGAACCCAUUCUUCCUCCUCAAGCAUGGUCAUCCUCCUCUGAUGGCAACAGCAGAACCUCUGGGAAAGGAAGCUUUCAGUAUCCAGAACUCCCAGGUGGCAGCCCAUGUGGGAUUUGGAGCAUGACAACAAAGGCAUUUUCUCAACAUUUACUAAAGGAGAGUGGGGUGUUUCUAUACUCUACUGAUGGGGACCGUACAUGAACACAUUUAAAUUGAAUUACAACAACAUUUUCGAUAGGAAAUAUAGAAUCUUAUAAGAACAUAAUCUAAAUUAUAAUCAAUUUUAAAUAGCAAAGGUUAACAAUAAAGCUAUUUAAGUGUUUGAAUUAGAAAUAAACAGUAAAACAUCUGUAUUAUAACAGAGUUGAUAUUUGUUUAUAUUUUGUCUUCAAUAUUAACCAAAGGAGUGGAAUUUAGCCAGGGUUGUACUUUUUUAAAAGUUGUAUAUACUUUUAUUUAUUUUACAAAAGGAAAAAAAAAAAAGACAUACUUUCCCCA